CCUCCCUGCAGUUACUGGAAAACAUCGAGAUGGGCUGGAAACUUUUGCUAAAUGGUAUAUAAUCGAGUUUCCCCACACUUCAUAGAGCUCUAGUAAUGUAAAGGCAAUGCUGAGGGUAUUGGUGAGUAUAGAGACAAGAGAGAGACAAGAGAGACAGUUUCAGUGAGACGAACCUCAGCCACAAAGUGACGUAUGUUGUGACGCAAAAUGGGCAGGUCGGAAGUGACUUAACAUGGCGGCAUGACCCUCUACGCACUUCUUCGUUAUGUGGAUUUGAUAAAGCUAUAUUGGAUCUAAAUUUAUAUCUAUACAUUCAGAAAUAUGACUCGCUUCGCAUUGUUUCUCUGUUUGUGUUCAAUUGCAUCAAGAAAUGCAAAAGGUGUGUUUGGUGUUGAUGCAGAUGAAGUGAAGUCAGUGUCAGUGAUGGAGGGAGAUUCUGUCACUCUUCACACUGAUCUUACUCGCAUACAGACAGAUGAUUUGAUACAGUGGAAGUUCGCUCCCCAAGGGCGUCUUAUAGCUGAAUUAUAUAACCAGGUUGUUGUAUACUUUAGAGACGGACUGAAGCUGGACGGUCAGACUGGAUCUCUCAACAUCACAAACAUCACGAGCAUAGACUCUGGAGUUUAUAAACUACACAUCAGCAGACACAAAGGAACUUCAUACAAGAGAUUCAAUGUUAACGUCUAUGCGCAUCUUCCUUUUCCUGUCAUCAGCAGAGUCUCAAACUGUUCUGUGUCGUGUUCAGUGAUGAAUGUGACACAUGUGAGUCUCUCCUGGUACAAAGGAAACAGUUUAUUGUCCAGCAUCAGUGUGUCUGAUCUUAACAUCAGACUCUCUCUACCUCUGGAGGUGAAAUAUCAGGAUACAAACACAUACAGAUGUGUCAUCAGCAAUCCCAUUACAAACCACACACAACAUCUUAACAUCACUGAGAUCUGUGGGUCAUCUUCAGAUCUGAGGCGAUCUUUGUACCCCGCUGCACUGAUAACAGGCCUGAUGCUGUUGGUCAUAAUGUGAAUGCAGUUUCUGGAACGAUGUGAUGCAGAAGCAGGGGUCUGAAAAAAAUGGAGAUGAGAAACUGAACAAGGCAAACUUUUUAGCAGCAGAUUUACUGCUAUCUGUCACUUAAAGAAAAAUGUACUGUUUGUAGCGUGAUGUAAAUUAAGUAUGGAUAAGGAGGCUGUUUGUUUUGGAGGAUGGUCGUCAGUUGACCGAUCUCAGUAAUGUUACAAAUACUGUAGAUCAACUGUAUGUUGUCAUUUGCGUAUCACUUAAGUAAUGUUGCACUCAAGUACAAGUAGAAGUAUUGAAAAAUAAUAUGACUCAUGUAGGUGUAGAUAAGUAUGCAGAAAAACUACUCAAAGUACAGCGUUACAAAGUACUUGACCAUUGUUUUUCUAUUUUUACAAAUUUGCCUGUUCACGACGUUUGAAUGUCGUUAUCGGCAGUUCCUUGUGAAAGGUCUGCGUUCGGUACAAAUGAGCAAAUAAAUUAUUUUAAAUUCA